AAAAAAUAAUAUAAUAUCUUUAAUUUGGAGUUACAUAAUGUAUCUUUUAAUUAAGCUUUGCACAAUAACCUUGUCAAGUCAAAUAAUAACGAAAAAUUUAUUUUCUUGAAGCUAGUUUUGUAAUAUGAUUGAACAUCAAAAUCAAGUUUAUAAUUUAUAACUAGUAUUUACAAAAUAUUAUAAAUUAUCCUAUACUUCUUGAAAAUCUAAAUGCUUGUUUGUCAUUUAUUUUAUAUUUUUUAAAAGAAUUGUUGCCAUAUACAAUUGUGUCUAGCUGUCUACCAUGGGGACCACAAAAAUUCAACUUGUGCAUACAAAUGUCUGUUGACUUCAAGUCUUCCAUGGCAUGGAAAUUAGUUUUUCUUCAUUGAUGGCAUUAUAAAUGAAGUGGUUUCUUCAAUAUAACAACCUAUCUUUCCACUUCAACUUUCUUCUAAAUUAAAAAGGAGGGUUAAUAAUGGGGACUCGGAGGGGUUUAGGGAUCCAUCUCAUUUUCGUAUGUGUUUUUUUGGUUGCAAACAAAUAUUCUUGUUUUGGUGUUGGAAAUGUCAGUCUCGCCUGCUCUCAAAAAGAGCGACUUGCUCUUCUCAAGUUCAAAGGGAGUGUUGAAGAUACUUCUGGAAUGUUGUCUUCAUGGGUGGGGGAGUAUUGUUGCCUGUGGGAAGGAAUCCACUGUGACAGUCUCACUGGAACCGUUGACAGCCUCAAUCUCAGAGCAAAUUACUACUACGACUGGGGUGAUGCAGGCUAUUUAGUUGGUAAUGAGGUGAACUCUUCAUUGGCUGAGUUGAGGCAUCUCAAGUACCUGGACUUGAGUUGGAAUGAUUUACAUGGAAGCCGGAUCCCUGAGUUCAUUGGUUCCUUCAAACAGCUGAGAUAUCUCAAUCUCUCUUAUGCUGGUUUUCAAGGUAUUAUUCCUCCUCACAUUGGAAAUCUUUCUAAUUUAAAGGUUUUGGAUCUCAGUUGGAAUGGUGAGCUGAUGUCGGAUGAUAUGUCAUGGACUUUUGGCCUUCCAUCACUCGAGCAUCUCGAUUUGAGUUGGGUGGAUCUUGGCGGAGCAAAGAACAUGGACAUGGUGCUUUACAAUCUUCCUUCGUUAAAAGAGUUAAGUUUGUGUGGUUGUAGACUUUCCAAUGUCCAUCUUGGUCCAUUUUUUAAUUCGAGUAGAAUUCUUGCCAACAUAAAACACCUUGAUCUUGGCUCCAAUUCUUUCAAAGGCCCACUCCCUGGAUUUUUCCGAAACAUGACAUCCCUUGAAUUUCUGGAUCUUUCAAACUAUGAUAUUAGAUUGUCAUGGAAUUUUGCUAACUUGCUAAACAUGAUCCCUUCCUCUUUAUCAGAGCUGCAUUUGUCACUUUGUGGGCUUGAUAAGACUUUUCUAUCUUCCGCUCAUUUUAAUAUCAGUAUGCUUUCUAACAUCCAACACCUGGAUCUUAGCUGGAAUUCAAUUGAAGGCAUAUUUCCAUCUGUUUUCAGUAACAUGAGUUCCUUAAGAGUCCUUGAUCUCUCAAGAAACAUGCUGCAUUCUUCGGUUCCUAUUAUGGCUAACCUUCUAGAGCUUGAUCUUUCUGUUAACCAGUUUAAGAAUAUUGAGGAUGUUGGAAUCUGGAGACAGUGUCACCUGAAAACAUUGGCUGCAUAUGGAAAUCCUUUUGAAAUAGAAAGGAUUGACCCACCGCAAAACGUUUCAGAAUGCUCCCAAUAUGCUUUGGAGCGGUUGGAUUUAAGUGGGUGUUUGAAUGGUACGAUUCCAGAAGCAUUUGGAAGACUAACCAAUUUAAGACACUUAGAUCUAUCAAUGAGCAGUUUGACAGGUCCAAUCCCCGAAUCUCUAGGAAGAUUAAGAUUCUUAGAGGUAUUAGAUCUACAUGAUAACCAAUUGAAUGGUUCAAUUCCAGAAUCCUUUGGAAAUCUUGCAGCUUUAGAAUCUUUGUAUCUACAAUCCAAUCACUUAACGGGCCCCAUCCCAACAUCUCUAGGAAGACUUGUUUCAUUACAAGCAAUUCGGUUGUCUUCAAAUUUGUUAAAUGGGACUAUUCCGGUUUCAAUUGGGCAACUUGCCAAACUCAAAUAUCUUGAUAUCUCAGACAAUUCCUUAGAAGGAGUAGUUUCCGAAGCCCAUUUUGCUAACCUUUCGAUGUUGGAGCACUUGGAUGCUUCUUCUAACACCAAGUUGGCAUUCAAUGUCUCACGUGAGUGGAUACCUCCAUUCCAGUUGUAUGGUCUAGAUCUCAGUUCCUGCAAUCUCACAAAUGGAUUGCCACAGUGGCUACGAAAUCAGUUCUUGCUCUCUGAGUUAGUGUUGUCGAAUGCUUCAAUUUCGGGACCUCUGCCCAGAUGGUUGCGGAAGAUGCCUGUCAUUGAUUUCUUAGAUCUCUCUCACAACAAACUCAGCGGACCAUUGACAAACCUUCCAGAAAUAGGACUGGCAUUAAUAUUAGCAAAUAACAUUUUCAAUGAGUCGAUUCCAAGGUCCUUGUGCAGAUGGACGCAUUUGGAAUAUCUUGAUCUUUCCAGAAAUAGGUUAACAGGGAAAAUUCCCAAGUGUCUCCAGAAUCUGAAAUUGUUGGAAACCAUGAUAUUUAGUUCAAAUUUGCUUUCAGGUGUCAUUCCAAGUUAUAUAGCAAAUAAUCAUUCAUCAUUGUAUUGGUUAACAUUGAAUGGCAAUAACUUUACUGGGGAAAUUCCUCAAGGUUUGGGGAAUUUACGAGCUUUAAGAGUGUUAGAUGUGGGUGAUAAUCAACUGUUCGGAAACAUACCCCACUGGAUCGGAGAAAAGCUGACAAAUUUGAUGGUCUUAAAGCUACACAGGAAUAACUUCACUGGGGAAAUUCCUGAAUCUUUGUGCAAAAUGUCGAAACUUCAAAUUUUGGAUGUUGCACACAACAACUUCACAGUUUGAUUCAGGGAUUUCUCAAGAUUUAUUGGGACAGAUGGGUGUUUGCAAGUGAACGAUGUUGAAGGGUUUAGCAAGAGGUUGCAUUUGAAGAACAUUCCAAGGUGGCAGUCUAAUUAGUCUCAGCAGGUAACAAAUCAGUGAACAACAAUUCAAAUGGAAGCUGAGAUAGAAAUUGGUUACGCAAAGAGAAGACGGAUAUGAUGCAAGAAGUUAUCGAGUUACAACAUGUAAAUGGUCAGACACAUCAUUAUUGGAGACACAUCAUUAUAUGGAAUCAAUAAAGAAAAAAACUUAAAAGCAGUCAAGGUUGUGUUAUUGCUUUUUUCUUGAGUGUUUAAGCCGUAGAUGUGUCUUUGAGCAUUGUCAUUCUGCAAGAAUUUCCAUGGGUUUGACAAUUCCUGUGGUCAACAUCUUGAUUUUCCUUUUUGUUGCUUUCAAAUCAAAUAUGAGUUUAUUGCCUAUACUUCUUUCUUUUUGUAUUUUGCUUUUCCAAAUUGUUACUUUUACUCUUGGUUCGUCUUGAUCAUCAACAACAAUAGUUAAUUGUAAAAUCAAGGACUCAUUUAAGUUACAUAUCUUGGUCUAUUUUUCAAAUAAUUAAGUAAGAAUCAGGUAUCCACUUAUUAUCUAUUUUUCUAUUUGUAAAUUUUCUUUUUCUUUUAUCAUGCAAAGGGGGAAAGUUUUGGUCUUGGUUAUGUUAUUAUGAAUGAUAAACAACACCGUACAUGCAUGGUUGUUGUGGUUUUUGGUGGUGUUUUGUUUCUUACACAUUCAUCUUUUAUUGGUUUCUGUGAUUUAAUUCAGGGAUUUAGCAAGAUUUAUUGAAUAGGUGGGAGUUUGUGCAUGAACAUUUCUUAUGAGGGGUUUAGCAAGAGGUAACUUUUGAAGAAAAUUUGAAGGUGGGACUUAAAUCAACUCAGCAGGUAACAUAGAAUUGAAAUCCAAAGGGAAGCUGAAAUAAAAUGGUUACGCAAAGAGAAGAGUACAGAACUGAUGCAAAGUUAUUAAAUUACAACAUCAACAUGCUCAGACACAUCAAGAUGUGCAAUAAAUAAUAAGAUAACUCAAAGCCGUCGAGCAUACACAAAAGCAAUAGGUUUUUUGUUUUAUCACCUUUUUUCUUGAGUGUAAGCCCUUGAUGUGUCUUUCAGCGUUGUCAUGCUGCAAGAUUUUCAAUGGGUUUGAGAUUUCAUGGGUUUAACAUCUUGAUAUUCCUUUUUGUUGCUUUCAAUUCAGAUACAAUUUGAUUCAAUAUACUUCUUUCUA